UAGCAUCACUAUUAUAUCGGUGGAUUCUCGUGUAAAUAUUUUAAAUAAACCUUGGCUGUUUAGGCUUCCUGUUUCUUAGUACUGAGAAAGCAGAAAUUGUAAAAAAAAUGGAUGCAAUAUUCAGCUGCAAGCUGGAGGAUAUGGAAGAUUAUUAUAGCUUGCUGGGAUGUGAUGAAUUAUCUACAGUUGAACAAAUUGUGGCAGAGUUUAAAGUCAGAGCCCUUGAAUGUCAUCCGGACAAGGUUCCUGGAAACCCCCAAGCUGUGGAGAAUUUUCAGAAGCUGCAACGUGCAAAAGAGAUUCUUUCCAAUGAAGACAGCCGAGCCCGUUAUGAUUACUGGCGAAGAAGCAAAAUUGCUAUCCCUUUCCAGCAGUGGGAAGCCCUGAGCAACUCAAUGAAAACAUCAAUGCAUUGGGCUGUCAGAGAUAAAAAAGAGCCAAUGUUGGAUGCUCCUGAUUCAAAUCUUAAUGGCAAGAUGGCUGACCAUUUUCCGCUCAAGGCAGAAAUCAACAGUGAUGAUUUCUUGGAUGAUAGAAAGGGACUGGAAGAUUUUCAUAGCUGUGAUGAGAAACUGAUGUCGCCAAAGAGCCCUGAUUCUCCAGGAUUUUCGGAUCCAAACUGCUGGCACUUGCGUUUCCGCUGGUCUGGCGACACUCCAUCCGAACUUCUGCGGAAGUUUAGAAACUAUGAAAUAUGAACCAGAAGACCAAAUGUGUACGAAGGACCUUGGGUUCACUAUUUCAAUACUUUUGUAUAGGUUUAUUAAAGAAUGGCCGCUUGUAUCUAUGGAUAUAUGUAUUAGGGAUGGGCCUACUUUGAAAAUGAUUCAAAAGAGGUGCUUCAGAACUCAUGCAAGCAGACCGCCUCUUUUCUGCUAAAUGCAGCUGCCGGUCUCUUUUCAGGUGAACUAGAGAAAAGGUUCAGCUGCUUUAAAGCUUGCAUUCAGAGGUGGGUCCUUAGAGCAGUGGCAUCAUUUUUUCAAGUUUGCACGCCUGCCUGAAGGGAGGAAAAAAGGCUGCUGUAAUGUAAUGUAAUGUAAACAGAGAGGUGCUGCGCUCAUGCAAAUUUUGAAGCACCACUUCUGAACUAUUUUUGAAACUUGUGCAGCUUCAAAAUAUAUAUAA